UUAAGGGAAAGACAGAAGACACUUCAGUCAACAAAUUCUUCAAGACACAACUCUAUUAAUGCAGCGGGAAGACUUGAAGAAUGAUGAGCUCCAAAGAGGAGGACUCGCUCAGUUUUUUCCAUUACGUUGAGGAGAACGGGCUGAGAGCCUACAACGGCCUGAUUGCUCAGAACUUGGACCACGUCAGGAAUGAGAGAAAUAGGGCAUUCCUGCAGGAAAAAAACGACAAGAAAAGAAAACAGGACGAAGCCAUACGGAGAACAGGUGAGGACAUAGCAACAGAAGGCAAGCACUUGCGAAUGGGCUCGAUAACCAUGCUGGACCCCCAGGAACGCAUGCCCCUGUCGCACCUGCAUGGCAUUGCCUGCAGCCAGGGCUUCUCUGUGCGUUCCCAGUCCCUUCACUCUGUCGGUGGUGGGAACGGCGGGGGAGGAGGUGGAGAUGAGGAAGUGGGAAGUCCAACGUCGAGGAAAUUGCCUCCACCCAAACCUAGGAGGGACCCGGCCACCAAGCUUAGCAUGUCGUCUGAGGCAGUGGAUCACAGCCCCGUGUCCACCUGCCGUGGGGACAGAUGUGAUGCUCAAGGAUGCAGUGAGGACUGCAGGAGGAUGCCACCCCCAAAACCCAAGAGAAACCCCAACACACAGCUGAGCGUUUCAUUUGAUGAAUCCUACAUUAAGAGCCAUGGAAGCAGUGGGAUUUGUCCAUCCAAACUCCUACACUACACCACAUCCCCUUGUGAACGAAACCCUUCGCCUCCACAAACCAACGACAGUCCCACAGAUGACUGUGAAGAUGAACCUGUCUACAUAGAAAUGGGUGGGAUUGAUAUUGGGAUGCGAGAACCCUUGAAGGGUGAGGAUGAAGAGCCAGGAGAGUCUGUGUAUGAGGAGAUGAAGUAUCCAGCCCUAGAUGAUAUGGAGUACCGCACCGAUCCUGUAGGAUGUCGCUCAGCAUGUCCCACCCCAUUGCCCUACGACCCAGAGCCUCUCAGUCGCUGCUCCACACCUAGAAACAUUCCCCUUUGUGACAUCCCUGCACCAUUCCCCAAUUUACUCACCCACCGGCCUCCGUUGUUGGUGUUUCCACCAGCACCAGCCCAGUGCUCACCCAACUCAGACGAGUCCCCCCUCACACCAUUAGAUGUCACUAAAUUACCAAUGCUAGAGAACCAGCCUCAUAGCAAAUCCCCCACCUCUUCAACAGAGCCAGCUUCCUCCGCUCACCUCCGCAGGGAGCUCACCGCCACACCGACGCUCACCAUCUCUGGACGCUCCUCUGCACCUCCACUCCCCUGUACACUUUACAAAUCCUCAUCAUCAUCAUCCUCUUAUCAGCGUAGCCACUCUGCUUGCCCAUCACCGGUGAGCAUGGGCCGCUGCCUCACCCCCCUGAGCUUAAUGCGCACACCUCCAUUUGAUGCUCCAAUGCCAUUCCCUGCGGGACUCCCACGGAGCGCCUCUGCUACCCCUCACGGCAAAGGCUCCCCUCCUCAGGACGGUGCAGCACGACUCCACGGCUCUAUGCAGAAUGUGUCAACAGGUCGUUCCCGAACACCCACCAGUCCACUAGAUGAACUAACAAACCUGUUCACCACAGGCAGGAACAUGCUAAAGAAAAACUCAAGUGGCAGAAAGUCCAAAGAACCUGGAGAAACUGAGUGCAAAGUGAAAUCUCACAGUGAGUCCAAACGAGAAGGUAAGGAACGGCACAGUCAUAGCAAGGAGUCCAAACGAGAUUCCAAGGAGCGCCACAGCAAAGAAUCUUCUCAUCGCAGAGAAAGAGACAAAGAUAAAGACAAAGACAGAGGCAGUAGCAAUGUAGAGCCUCUGCCUCAUAGACGCAACAGCAAAGACCGCAAUUGUAGCAGUGUAGAUACACCACUCGUUCGCCGGGAUAGCAAGGACCAGGCCUGCAGUGGUCUAGAACCCGUCUCUGUGAGACGGGACUCCAAAGACAGGGGCUCUGGCUCUUCAGACCUACCUUUGAUAAGAAAAGACUCCAAGGAUAGAGGAGUUAGUACUGGUGAUCUGAUGCCAAGGAGAGACAGCAAAGAUCGAAUUGCAGGACAUGGAUUAGAGUCUUCAGUAAGACCGGACAGCAAAGACAGAGACAGACUGCUGGAUCAACCACCUGAACUGUUUCCAAGACAAGACAGCAGGGAGAGGGUAAGAAAUGGUGUAGACUACAAACAGGAAAGCAGAGAGAGACUGCUAGACCAUCCUCCUGAGCUCUUACCACGACAGGAUAGCAAAGAGAGGGCCAGAAAUGGGACAGACUCAAAGCUUGAAAGCAGAGACAGAGCAACAGAUCUUCUCACUCGACAAGAGAGCAAAGACAGACCUAGAAAUGCACCAGAAUACAGACAUGACAGCAAAGACAAUCGUCCUGAAAUGUCACCUCAUCAGGAAAAAAAAGAGAGAGAAAGGAGUGACACUGAACAUAGACAUGAAGGAAGAAUAGAUCAACCACCUGAGAUCCUGCCUCGACAGCAAACAUCCAGGAACAAGGACAGGCUUGAGCUGAAACAUGAAGGAAGAGAUCAGAGCUGUCUGAAUGGAGAUUUUCCUCCGCUUAUUUUACCCCGGCAAGAGAGCAAGGAUCUGAGCAGAACUGGCCUUGAAGUGAGACGGGAUAGCAAAGACAGAAGUGUCAAUGGCUCGGAUGUCAAGUGCACCAAGAGCCCUUCUGCAAUGGAGCACAGGAGUGAAAAGGAACGAGCGCACAGGUCAGAUGGCACACCACGAAGGGACAGAAGAGAAAACGGCAACACGGACCAAUCAAAAGCACAAGAGAGGAAUAGUAGCACAAUGUCAGGCCAGCAUUCAACCACAACUACACCUACUCAUCAUGGAAAACCAUCGGGAAGCCCACCAAUUACCACUGGAACUGGAAAUGAUGUUAAAACACCACCAAAAUAUAGUCGCUCAACUUCAAUGCCUACGAAUCCUUCUCCAAUAGGGACUCCACAGAGGAGGGCAGCAGAGGCACACCAAAGUCAGAUGUUCCAGAUGCCAUGGGUCUGUGGAGACACCACCAUGCUUGAACAAAUAGAGAGAAAACGUACCCUGUGCAUGCAGAUCCGCUCCAGACAGCAUCCACAACUGCAGAGAUAUCUGGAGAAACCUCCCCCUCAAGAUAGAACCGAGGACAAGCAGCCGGAGCUAAGUCAGUGCAAACAGGAAAGUGCAAAUGUGCUCCCAGGAUCGGGAAAGAGCAGUGGGACCAAAAAGAUUCGCCCUCCCCCGUAUCCCACACAAACAACCGUAUUCUGGGACACAGCCAUCUAACAUUCCUAAUAAACCUAAACCUCCAUGCCACAUACCCCUCAGAUACCCACUCCCUCUCUCACUGCCUGGUUGUACGGAAUCUCCGCUUUGCAGCGACAGUUUCGGGCCAACUACAAAGAGCACCAGAGGGAUGAUUGCUGAUGUCAAAGAAAAAAACAACAACAACAACAAAAAAAAAAAAAACUACGGUGGUUACCACAGCAAUAUUUCUGCUUGUUCAGGUUGUCACGUUUUCUUAUCAUCACUGGUGAUAUUUGAUAUUUUUCUAUUUCAUGUGACUGGACUCUUGUAUUAAAAUAGUAGAGUAGAUAUUCAACGAUGAAUAGAUAUUUUCUAAAUAAGAAGAUGGGGAACAAAACGCAGCUUAAAUUAUGUAUAGUAGAGGUACUGUAGAUGCAAUCUAAUUUUUGUUUAAUGUUACUUUCUUUUAGGUUAUUUUACAUUUGAAAGCAUAUUCUAUCAAUACUUGUACUGUAGUAGCAUAAUGUUCUUAUGCCCAACUCUUUUUUUGUGUGUGUGUUCAUAAGCACUCUUAUGAAUGAACUGCUGAGUUCUGUUACUAUAUACUUUACAAGUUCACAGUUGUAUUGUAAGUAGAGGAGUGAACAUCAGCGUGCGUUAGCUGCCAGGCCUCUCUGUCUGGUCACGGAUGUUCUAGAAUGUACAACAGUGGGUCCUAGAACAGAAACGGGAAAUAUGUUGUUGUUCGGUUUAUGUAUUACAGUGGGAAGCAGUGAGGUCAGUAACUCAAACCCUGUUGAAGCUGUUUUAUUGGAAAGUCUGUUAGCUGGCUUCCUGUUGAGGUGAGAACACGUGUCAAACGCUUCUGCUGUAGUCCUAGAUAAAUCAUGAGAGUGGAUUGGGUAAGGUAGUAAAUAAGAGCAUACAUUAUUAUUGAAUAGUUUACUUUUGACUACCAGCCAAAGCCUGCAAAAGCAAGAUACGGGUUGGGAGGCUGGUCAUUUAAAAUAGGAUAGCUGGCAGCAGCUGGUGAGUACCAGCACCCUUGCAUUGCCAUGCACUGCAUGCAUCAUGACAGUGUAAACACUCGACGCCAGCGCUCAGCCCGUACAAUCAACACCUAAGCUUUUAGAUUCCUUAAUUUUACUGCAGAAUAUAAUAGCCAUAUGCACUUGCUUAAGAAAUAACGUUCAAUGUUAUGCUUAUAUAUUUUUUGAAAAUGUUAAGAGUAAUGAGUUGUGCCAUGUAUCUUUUAAUUUAUUGGCUAGAAGGCAAAGCCUCAGGAGAGUGACUGUGUGUGACAUGCAGUCAUAAAUGUUUGGUUGUCUUUGACAAUGUUCCCAGUUUAGAAAUUGGCUAGCAAACAUUCUAGAGAUCAAAUCUUUUUUAAAGGACCUAUCGUAAGACAAUACCGCUCUCUGAGAAAAGACAGGACAGAGGUUACACAAUGGCCUACAAAUCAUAACGGCUCAAUUGAGUAAAAAAAUAAAAGAAUAGCUGCACUAACCCUCGUUUUCUAACACACUGAUUCAGGCUUACGGUUUCCUUCUCCCCUCCUUGGCCUCACCCUCUACCUCAACUGCCCUUAUUACAUCUUCUCAAUUGGUCCUCUUUUGCACAUAAAAUGCAAUGUCAGCAUUGCCAAAAUAGUGUGAAUUUGACACGAGCUAGUCCUGAGAGUGCAGUAGCCCACCUCUCUGGUGAGCAUCAGUGAUACAGAGAUCCCUUUGUGUUGUGUGUGUGUGUGUGCGUGUGUGUGUGUGUGUGUGUGUGUGUGUGUGUGUGUGUGUGUGUGUGUGUGUGUGUGUGUGCGUGUGCGUGUGCGUGUGUGUGAGUGUGUGAGUGUGUGAGUGUGUGCCAAGCUACACUGUAUGUGUGUGUGUGUGUGUGUGUGUGUGCCAAGCUACACUGUAUGCAAGUCGCAACUUUGAAAUGAUUGUUUUUUUAAGACAUUCACUUUGCGCCGUCAUAUUGGAUGGAGGUCGGAAAUGUAAUAACGAUGAUGUACAAUCUUUCUGUGUGUAUAAACGUGCACUGUGAAAAGGUAGAGAGAGCACCACACUGUCAGUCCUCUGUCGUAUUGCACUGAGUGUUCUCGUUUUGCGUUACGAAAAAAGAAAAGGAAAAAACAUAUUUGAGGUAAAAAAAAAAGACGUACUGUAUUCUGAUUGUCACUUGGGUUCUGUUGAGAGAAAUGAAUAAAUAUGAACUCAAAACUUGCUAUGGAAAAACUGUA